AUGAUCGGGAUCGCGUCGACGCGCUUCGGCUGCAACUUGGGCAACGUGACGUGCUACUGCACGAACGAGGCGUUCGGCUACGGCAUUCGCGAUUGCGCCAACGAGGCUUGCUCGUCGGACGACGCGGCUGAGGUUAUCUCCUUCGGCACGCAGUACUGCAGGACCGCCCUCCAAAACCCCAGCUCCACGCUCUCCGGCUCCGCUCUCUCUGUCCUCUCCACCGCAUCCGCCACUGGACCCUCUGGCAGCGCCAUCGCGACCGGCGGAUCUGGCGGAAACGCCUCAUCAACUGCGGUUGGUGGAGGCAUGGGCACGCCACUCACCACGCGUCCUCUGACAGAAGUCAUCACCUCCGGCGGCAGCACGAUUACGACCACGACCGGCUCGACCACCAUCUUCGCCGGCAACCUCACCGGCGUGACGACUUCCGCCUUGACCAACGCGCAAGGCCAGACUACCGGCACCACCACAAUCGUCGGCGCUGGUGCUAGCGCUAGCAGCUCAAUGUCAAUGUCAAUGUCGGGCAGCGUCGACACCGUCACUCGGACGACUGCUACCACCGACACCACGACUACGGGCCGGGGCGGCGGCGCGACUGGUGUUGCGGGCAACGGCAACGGAAACGGCAACGGGGGGAACAACAACAACAACAAUAACAACAACAACAACGAUAACGAUAACAACAACAGCGGCUCCCAGGGCGGGUCGAGCUCCUCCACCGGUGGCGCAGCGCUCGCAACAGCAGCCCCCGCCUUCCUCGGCGCCGCGGCGUUCGCUCUGUUGGCCAUAUAA